UGGGCGUGCUGGGCAGUCAAUAAAAAGAGAGCCUUUGCAUCAUUUUGCAGGUAUCCGUAUAAAGAGAGACUUUAAGACUGCCUCAUUUUGCAGGUUUCCGCUGGUGACCCGACAUGAAGCUACUGCUCUUGCUCCUGCUGCUGCUGCCCGUCUGCUCAGCGCAGUUUAGCAUCGACUGUUACGGACGAGACCCGCUGGCGAUGGUGCCGCACAUCCUGAACUGCAACAGCGCAGAUGAGCCUCAGGCGUGCUACGCAAGAGAUAAUGGCGAGAAAGGCUGCGUCACGCACGACAAGUGCUCUCUGCCCGGCUGGACCUGUUGCUACUCCUCUCUCUGCAACCACUGAGCCCCGCCCCGUUUCACUGAUUGAUUCACGCAAUGUUGGUGCUCUUGUCGUUCGUCGACCAAGUGAAACAACCAAAGAAAAUAAAGGAACUCAAAGUCCAUCCAUCCAUCCAUUUUCAAUACCGCUUGUCCCCACGGGAGUCGCGGGGGAGCUCAAAGUGUGGACGGAAAAUGAUUGCAAUGAAAUAAAGCAUUCAUAACUCAA